UUACUUAUGGGCAAACGUGGAAAACUACUUCAUGGAGUGUAACUAGAGGUACCUAUAAUUAAGAGUCAAAAGGUGCCAACAAAAACACACACUUUCAUUUCUCUUUACUCUUCUUCAGUUUCACCCAUGGAGAGACUUCUAUCUUCUUCCUCUUCUCUUAACACUAACCUCAAACUCAAACCCUUUACUUUUCACCCUUUAACUACUCCUUUUCGUUCCGAAACAUUCAGUUUUCUUCCUUCGAUUCGUUCUUCUUUCAACCAUGAAAACCCUUCUCUAUCUUUGUCUUCCACUUCCCGUUUCGCUAUGCAACCUAAAAACUCACUUUCUCAACUUUCACAUCUCACCGAUUCUAAUAGCCCCGUAAUUGAAUCUCAACCACUCAAUCACGUCAAUGCCAACGCGGAUUUCAGAAAACCGAAGGGAAUAACAGUUCAGACAUGUGUAAUACUCUCUGCUCUUGCUGUGCUCUUAAUUCAACCAAUUUUUGCACCAGCAGCUUUGGCAACUUUUCAAAGUGCCACCAAGAUCGGUGGCCCUGCCACCGCUGCCGUUGGUGGAAAACUUAUCCGCGCAGAGGUCCUAAGUAGUGCUUGGACAGGUUUCUUUGCUGGUUGCUUGCACACAUUAUCAGGCCCUGACCAUCUCGCAGCUUUGGCUCCGUUGUCAAUCGGUCGCACUCGAACGGAGAGUGCUCUUGUUGGAGCUCUUUGGGGUUGUGGCCAUGAUGCUGGUCAGUUAAUCUUUGGCUUAAUAUUUCUGCUUCUUAAAGAUCAACUUCACAUUGAAAUUAUCCAAACAUGGGGCACCAGAGUGGUGGGCAUUACCUUGCUAGUUAUCGGUGCUAUGGGAAUUAAGGAAGCUUCAGAAGUUUCCACUCCAAUUGUUGCUGUAGGACUUGAUAAUCCCGUGGUAGAAAAUAAGAAGAAGAUUGGUUUUGCUACUUUUGCCACUGGAAUAGUUCAUGGACUGCAACCAGAUGCAUUGAUGAUGGUGUUGCCUGCUCUUGCUUUGCCUUCUCGCGUAUCCGGUGCUGCAUUUCUCAUCAUGUUCUUAUUUGGAACCGUAGUUGCAAUGGGGAGCUAUACCGUAUUUAUAGGAUCGUGUAGCCAAGCACUAAAGGAUAGAGUGCCUAGAAUAACUGAGAAACUCACUUGGGCUUCUUCUCUUAUCGCGAUAGCGCUUGGGUUAGCCAUCAUCAUUAGUCAGUUUUUCGGGUUUAGUUUGUAUUGAUACGCGUUAAUCAACCGGGGACCUUUAUGAUCAUCAUUUUAGUGUUAGAGAGAAAUUUUAUUGUUUGUAGAGAGUUCUUCAUUCAUGCAACAUUUGAUAUUGGUUAAUGUUUGUUAACUCUGGUAGUUGGAUUGUUCUUCAGCUUAGAACUAUGUAGUUGUCAUGUUUUUAGAUUUGAGUGGAUUUUGCAAGAUUCUACUUUUGCAUGUGUUAUGUCUUGGAUUUCACAUUGUGUAAUAUUCUGUUGAUGCAUGUGUGUUA